AUGUUAUCGUGGGUCAAUGUGUUACUUCUCGUUAGUUACGGCGCCUGCGCACCGCAAUCCUACGAUGUGAUCGUCGUGGGUUUGGGCUCAUCGGGAGUGACGGCGGCUUCCAUCCUGGCUAAAGCCGGGAAGAAGGUCUUGGGGCUCGAGGCGAUGGACCGAAUUGGAGGUAGAGUCAAGACCGUGCCGUUUGGGGAUGGUAUUAUAGAGGAAGGAGCGGAAUGGAUUCAUGGAACUGAAAACAGUCGCGUAUACGAUUUAGCGACCGAGAACAACAUCACUGGCCCUGAUCCGUCAUUUAAGAGCGAGGGGGACUAUUUGACAGCCGAAAUACUUUCAUACAUAAAGAAGAACUACCCGCAUUUGGAGAAUGAUAAGGUUUUCAUCGACCAAGUCCUGGACCUGAUGAAUCUCUUUGUCAACGCUUAUGAGGCGUCGAAUGACUGGCACGACGUCACGACACAAUCGUCUGCGGAAGGUCUUGGUGGGCACCAGCACACUAGCUGGCACAAACACGGGUACAAGACGUUUUUUGAACUUAUGUUGAACACAUACAAAAACGGUCCUGGCCUCCCGAACCUAGAUAUAAAGCUAAGCACGGAGGUGUCACAAAUAGUUUGGCCCAAAGAUGGGUCCGGGGACGUGAAAGUGUCGUGCACAGAUGGCAGCACUUAUACCGCAAAACAUGUUAUAGUCACAGUCUCACUGGGGGUGCUGAAGGAACGAUACACCACUAUGUUUUCACCUGUAUUGCCAGAUGAGAAAAUCACAUCCAUACAAAAGAUGUCGCUAGGUCUCGUCAACAAGGUGAUCUUGAGGUUCCCGCAAAGAUUUUGGGUAGAAAACACAGUUUACGUCUUGGUUGAGGUGGAUAACGAUGGUGAGGACCUGUGGUUCACGAAACAUGGCGAUAUAUCUACACCGAUGGCUCUAGACACUGCCCUCACUAUCUGGUUAGCGGGUGACGCUGCCAAAACGACGGAAAACCUAUCCGAUGAAGUUGUCUUAGAUAAAUCAAUGAAACUCCUGCGCAGAUUUUUAGGCCAGAACUACACGAUUCCAGAACCCACCGGAAUGAUCAGGUCUAAGUGGUAUUCCAAUGCUUACACUCGUGGUAGUUAUACAUUCGAUAACCUAGAGGCCCCAAAACACCCUAAAUUGAGGGAAAAUUUAGGGGCUCCCCUAAUAGAUGCGAAGGGAAUUCCCCGCGUACUGUUCGCUGGUGAAGCGACAAAUCCAAUUCACUACGCGACGGUACAUGGUGCGAGCGAGACGGGCCAUAGAGAGGCGAUGAGAAUUUUUAAAUCAAAAUGGUACUCGAACCCAUAUACACGCGGCAGCUACACCUUCGAUAACCUGGAGACACCAAAGUAUCCAAAAGCCAGAGAAACCCUCGGAUCUCCCCUGCUUGAUGCGAACGGUGUGCCCAGGAUUUUAUUUGCUGGAGAGGCAACAAAUCCCAAAGAGUAUGGAACGGUACAUGGUGCAAGCGAGACAGGACAUAGGGAGGCAAUGAGGUUAUUAAAGUAA